AUGCCCCGUAACGGAGACGGAUCCAGCGACAACGGCCCCAUCGAGGGUCAGAACAUUGUCCACGGCAACUCUGGCGACGUACCCCAGCCCCAGCACGCCAAGAACAACGUCGCCCCUGCCCCCGAGCUUGAGAAGGGCGCUGCUAUCGAGGGACUCAGUGCCAGUGGUGGCGGCAACAGGGCCGACCAGGCGGAGCCUACUGUUGCGGGCGACGCGCCUAAGAAGGCGUAA